AGGCCCGGCGCGGGGUGCCGGGGUGGAACGCGGCCGUGAAGCGCUGGAGGCAUGGCAGAUCCCUGCGGAAAGCAGAUCCACCGGGAGGUGCAGGAUUACUACGGCAGAGAGCUGCAGAAGUCAAAGGACCUGAAAACCAAUGCUUGUGUCACCUCGUCCAGGCCCCUUCCCAAGGCAGUGAACGAUGCCCUGGAGUGUGUCCAUGAGGAGGUGGUGGCCAGGUACUAUGGCUGUGGUCUGUCCAUCCCUGAGUGUCUGGUGUCCUGCCGGAUCCUGGACCUUGGUAGUGGCAGUGGCAGAGACUGCUACCUGCUGAGCCAGCUGGUUGGGGAGCAUGGCCAUGUCACUGGGAUAGAUAUGACCGAGAGCCAGGUCAAGGUGGCAAAGAAGCACAUUGCCUACCACAUGGACAAGUUUGGCUACCAAAGGCCAAAUGUGGAGUUCCUUCAGGCAUACAUGGAGAACCUGGGUGACGCUGGACUGGCUGAUGAGAGCUAUGAUAUUGUGAUUUCUAACUGCGUGAUCAACCUUGUCCCCGACAAGAAGGCAGUGCUGCAGGAGGCUUACCGUGUGCUGAAGCCCGGGGGAGAGAUGUACUUCAGUGACAUCUAUGCCAGCCAGCGCCUGAGUGAGGCCAUUCAGAAACACAGAGUGCUGUGGGGGGAGUGCCUGGCAGGAGCCCUGGACUGGAGAGACCUGUACAGCAUUGCCAAGGAAGUGGGGUUCAGCCCCCCAUGCCUGGUCACUGCCAGCCCCAUCACUAUCGGCAACAAGGAGCUGGAAGAAAUCAUUGGCGACUGUCGCUUUGCCUCUGCAACUUUCCGCAUGUUCAAGGUGCCAGGGAGCAGCUGGUCUGGGCCAGGACAGGUCAUCUACAAUGGUGGGAUCGUGGGGCAUGAGCAAGAACUGGUGUUUGAUGCCAACUUCACCUUCAAGGAAGGAGAGGUGGUGGAUGUGGAUGCUGAGAUGGCUGCUAUCUUGCAGACCUCCAGGUUUUCGAAGGAGUUCCUGAUCCGAACCAGUGGGCCCAAUGCUGCUGCACAUCAGGGCUGCUGUCACAAGGGGGUGAAGGAGAAGAUCUGUGAUCCCUUCCAGCUGCUGGAGCAGCUGGCAGCCCCAGAUUCUACCUGCCAUGCCCGUGGCACCUGUGGUCCCCUGGGGUGCUGCUGAGAGUAAGCGAGGCCCUCAUGCCAAGGGAUGGCAGUGGGGCAGGAGGAUGUGUCCCCAACAGCGUGCAGCUUCCACUGGAGAGAAAAUAAAUGGCCAAGCUCAAAGGCUA